AUGGUUUUGUCAAAACGAUGGCAGCCUCUUUGGAAGUUAGUGCCAAAACUUGUAUACGACGACGAGGGCUAUCAAAACAUCGUGUAUGGAAAGUUUUCUCGCUUUGUGGACAGGUCUUUGAUUCUGCACGAGGCACCAAUACAAGCUUUGGAUUUCAAACUUGUUCAAACGUCUGGGGCUGCUGAUAUUGGUAUAUGGACUGCAAUUGCGGUUAAACGCUGCGUGCGUGAACUGAGUAUUGAAUCUUCUCCCAGUACAACUCCAGUCACGCUUCCAAGGAGCUUGUACACAGGGUGUACAACCCUUGUGACCUUGAAAUUAAAGAGUGUGACUCUUGUGGAUGUUUCUUCCUUGCCUUCUUUCCCGACCCUCAAAACUUUGAGCCUUAUAUGUGUGAAGUACCCUGGUGAUGAAUUUGUCAAGAGUCUUCUAUCCAAUUGUCAUGUUCUUCAAGAUCUGGAAGUGGAACGAUUUGACAAUGACGAUGUCACCGUUUUCACCAUUGUGAUGCCUUCUUUGAAGAGUCUCCAUUUUAUUGGAGACGAAGAGAAAGACGGUGAAGCAGGUUUAGUGAUAGAUGCUCCUCUAGUAGAGAAUAUGUACAUUCAUAAUGUUGUAAGUGGGUUUUCUGUCAUUAAGAAUGAUAUGCCUAAGAUUGUCAAGGCACGUAUUGUUGUCAGUAACAGCCAUCCAGGGACGAUUCUGGGCUAUAUUACUUCAGUCAAGCGUCUCCGUUUAUGUUUAUUUUCAACUUCAAAGGAGGUGCAUCCUGCUGGUACUGACUUCCAGUAUCUUGUAAAUUUCCAUCCCAUUCCCGAUCAAACACGCCCCUGCUGGAUUGAACCGAGCUCAAUUCCUGAGUGUCUGUUAUCGAGUCUUGAAACUCUCAAAUGGGAAAAAUAUGAAGGAAGAGAAGAAUAG